AGCCCCGAGAAAAAAAAAAUAAGAAGAAAAAAAUUAAAGUAGGGGAAAGAGAAAGUCCAGCUUGUUUGUUCGUCGUCGCCACGAUCAUUGGUGCCUCGCACGUAUCGGACGUGAUCGCAGAAUGGCAGAGCCGUAUCAGAGAGUAGGCCGUGGCGGCGCCGGGAACGUCUACAGCAAGAAAGAAAUCGAGGAGUCGAACUCCACCAGCAGCGUCUCUGAAAACCCCCUCUCCCUCCACCACACCUCCACCUCCACCUCCACCUCCUUCCCCUCCCUAACCCAAACCCUCACCACCUCCUCCCAAGCCUCGCAAGUCCCCGAAUAUCAACACACCGGCCGCGGCGGCGCCGGGAACUGGGUGCAGCCCAGCACCCUCCCCCCUCCCCCCACCAUCCCCCUAACCCGUAUCCCGACGCACGCCUCCGCCUCCAGCGGGCCACCACCUCUCGCGCGACGCGCCGGCCGCGGCGGCGCAGGGAACUACGUCGAUGAUUCUGCGGCCGAGGAGGAGAGGAAGAGGGAGGAGGAGCAGAGAAUGAGGGAGGAGACAGAGGAGAGGAUUCGGAGGGAUGUCGAGAGGGGACUUGCAAGGCCUGAGAGGACUUAUGCGGGCGGCGUGGGCGGCAGUUGGGAGAUGGGACCUGUGAGGAGAGCGGGGUAACCAGACACUCAAAAUCAAAAAUCAAAAAUUAAAAAUAAAAAAAAAACUUUGGAGA